AUGACUGCUGGGAGUUCUGGCACCGCUGAUACAGAGGGGGCGGGUUCAGGCUGAGGUGCGGCUUCAUGUAAAAACAGCACAAAGUUGCAGAGAGGUCAUAGGAUCGACUCACCUGCAACAAACUCAGCUGAGGAUUCUUUCUCUGCAGCCUUCAAAGACUUCUGCAUUUGGAAGCUGCUAGACGCUGAAGCUCCGAGAUGGAUAAACAAUGCCAUGGAGGACACGGUCAUGGUCAUGGACAUGAUCAUGGUCAUGGACAUGGUCAUGGACACGGACACGGACACGGACAUGGAGGUUGUGGUGGCAAGGAACAUGGACAUGGACACAAGGGGAAGCACAAGCACAAGGGUGGCCACAAACACAGCAAAUGCCACAAGAAAGGGAAGGACUGUCAUGCGUCCUCCAGCAGCUCCUGCAGCAGCGACUCUGAUUAGACAGAGGCGUAACGAGCAUCUUCAGCUCCAAUAAUCUGCAACGAUCAGUUUAUUCCACAUCUAAAGCUUGUCUGUAGUCCCAAUGAAAAUGGGCUUUACACAAAAAUACCUUUAAGGUUCUAUAAAUGCAAAUGAUCUUUUUUUUUUUCAAAA